GACCACCGCUGAUAUUUCCACGUCUGCUCCACACCCCGUCCUACGCCUCAGAAAUCUUCCUCAGAGAACCCCCCCUCUGGCCCCAGAUCCCCCAUCCUCCUCCUGCGUCCAGAAAUAUUCCCCCGGGGCCACUCCUCAUAUUCCAACGAUAUGUGUCAGAUAUCUUCUCCAGGAGCCUCCCUCGUAAGCCUUAAAAAUCUCCUUUAGAUCAGAGAUUCCCCGAAAUACCCUCCAGACCCCGUACAUUCCAGAAAUCUCCCCCAGCGACGUACUUCACACAUCCCAACAAUCUCCCCUAGACUUCCUUCUCACGUAUCCCAAGAAUUUUCCCUCCCACCUACCCCCAUUCCAGAAAUUGCCUUGGAGAUUUUCCACUUAUAGCCCCCAGUCUCAGAGCCCCUCCCCCUGGAAUCCUCCAGAAUGCCCCUGAUGUCCCCUGCAGAUCUUCCUCAGAGAUUCUCUGAAAUGGCCUCAGAUUCUCAGAACUCACCUGGAGCCCCCACCCAACCCCCAAUCCAUCUCCCAUAUAUGCUCCCCCUUCACACGUCCUGAAAGUCAUCCCUUUGGACCCUUCCACAGGUCCCAAAAAUCUCUCCCAAAGACCUUCUCGUGUUCCUCAAAUCUCACCACCCUUUUGAAAUGCCCUAGAGAUCACCCUUACAUACCCCAGAAAUCUUCCCCUGAGACCCUCCUCGCUUAUCCCAAAAAUCUCUUCCAGAGAUUCCCUGAAAUCUGUGGAGAACUGUUCUACCACAUUCCACAAGCCUCUUGCAGAACCUCUUUUAUGUAUCCCAAAGCUUUCAUGGUAACCCACACAAAAUGCUCCAAAAAUUGCUUCCUUGGGAUUGCAAAAGGUUUCCUCAUAGUUUCUCUGUGAUAUUUUUUAGAAUUCCCCCUUAGAAUCCCCCUUUCAAAAUCCCACCUUCUAGACCUACUUUCAAAUGAACUUUUCUCCUCACAACCCCUGUAAACCCUAAGACCCUCUCUUGUGAAGACCCGUCUGAGAUGCAGUUUUUCAAGACUUCCUCAUGUCUUCACAGAGACCCCAGCAACUCUCUCGAGCCCUCUGAGAUAUACCCUUGAAAUCCCUCCCAGAGACCCUUCCAACACCCCUUGAAUCACCACUUAGAGACCUCCUACCUAAGAGACUUUUCCUAGGUAAUUCCCUCCCUGAACUCACCCUCACAGCUUCCCUCAAAUCCUCUAGAACCCUCUGCAGAAGACCCUCAUCACCACCCAGUCUCCCCUCAAAAUAACUCUGAGCUCCUUUUCUUAGAAAGUCCCAGAAUUCUUUCUGAAAAACUCUCUAUUCUGACAUUCCCACAUUCCCCCAGAAGACCCACCUUCCCCAUAUUGCCUGUUGAGAACUUUAUUCAGAGAUCUCUCUCGAGAGUUGUUCCUAAAAAGACCUGUCAUCCAGCUCCAGUAAAUCUAAGAUCUCUCACAGAAGACCACACCUCCACAGACGCCCUUUAGAACAUUUUCUCCAAAGUUGCUGUGCAUCAACAGCCCCAGCACUUUAUGAGAGACUUCCUUAGAACACUCUCUCAGAUUCCCCCUCGGACAUCCCUAAGAGUCCUUACUCAGAGCCCUAUCAGAUACACUCCUUUUAGAACCCCCAUUUACAUCCUCAUCUCCACCAUUCUCUUUCCUCUGAAAUCAACUUAGAGAUCCUUCUCAGAUCUGAGCCUCCUUCCCUCAUUAUCCCACCAUAGACCCUCAGCGUCCUAUGGACUCCCCCUCUCAAGAGCCUCUAUGUCCCCUUGUAUUAAACAGAUCCUCAAGAGAUACCCUCACCUCUUGAAAUCCUCAGCCCUCAGAUCUUUCUUUCAGACCAUUUUUCUUAGGUUCUAUCUUCAUAGACCCCUCCUCCCUUUAUAUCUUCCUUCAGAGAGAUAGAGAGACCCUUAACACCCUCCUUAGACUCUUCUUUUGUUUUAAAAGGUCUUUAUUUAUUUAUUUUUGGCCAUGCUGUGAGGCUUAUGGGAUUUUAGUUCCCCCACCAGUAAUUGAACCCAGGCCUUUGGCAGUGAGAGCACAGAGUCCUAACCACUGGUAUUCCCACCCUCCCUAGACUCUUCUUGAGGACUCCCUCAGUUUUCCUCUCAGAAGCCUUCUCCUUCCUCUUUUCACUUUGAGGGCCUUCUCACAAAAGAAUCCCUCCCCCUGUAGUAGUGGUUCUCAGAGUGUUGUCCCUGGACCAGCAGCAUCAGCAUCACCUGAGAGCUUGUUAGAAAUGCAAAUUCUUAGGUCCCUACUGAGACCUACUGAAUCAGAAAAUCUGGGAGUAGGGCCCAGCUGUCUGAUUUUAGGAACCUUCUUGGUGAUUCUGAUGCAUGCUCAAAUUUGAGAACCACUGCCCUCUAAGAGGAAUUCCCUUUCUCCACAAAAAGCUCCUCGAAAGAUGUCUUAGGGUAUGCCUCUGUGCCCUACUUCCCACCCCCCUUUUCUUGAGAGUCCCCGUUGUGUAGUACCCACCCUCCAGAAGAUUCCUUACCCUCCUUGAAAGGUGUCUGGCUUCUCCACAAGGUUACCCCACCAUCUGAGCGAUUACUUCAGAUUCUGCCUUUGAGUGGUUCCCUUUCAGAUCCUCCUCAGCAUUGUCUCUUUUUGGCUUCUCCUCCACCCCUCCGUACUAUCCCCUGUCCUUCGGUGCUUCUGCUUCAGGUUGCUCCCUCCUUGAACACAGGUCCAUCUCUUCUCCUUAUCUAUUCCUCAUCUAUCCUUCUUCACAUAGGCACCCUCCCCUUAAGGCACUUCCCAGUCUUUUCAUUCUCUGUGUCUUACUGCCCAGAGCCUUCCAUUGCACUUCUUAGAGUGCCGCUCAUCUUCUCCCUUGUAGUUUUUUAUGUACUUGUCCACUCACCCUCACUGGACUGGGACUUUGGAAAGUACCGGGAUGUAACUUAUUCUUCUCUGAAUCCCACAAGGUGGGAUCUUCCCUCUGUGAGUUAUUGGGAGUCAUUGGUUAAUGGGCAGCUUCCUGCAUUUGGUCAGAGAUCUCAAAGUUCCUUAGAUCUCAUUCCCUAUUCAGGUUCAACACACCUUCCCCACCCCCUCCUCUCCUCUUACCUCCUUUAUUCUCUCUACCCUGCUCCUUUUGCCUCUCCUCCUAAGAGAGGUUGUCUACCCCACCUUCUCUCAUCCGGAACUUUUCUUUGUGCUGUCUCCUGAUUUUGAGGUACCCCAUGUCUUAUUCCUGGGGAUCUGCCUCACCCCAUCCUAGUUGGCUUCUCACCACCCCCUUCAGCCUUUAUAGGUGUGGGGCCUCCUCGGGACUUUCAGCUUUCUCCAAGGAUUUUUGUUUCUCUCUAAGUUUGAGAAGAAUAAACACAUCACAAGCUUCAUCCUCAACUGGUUUCUGCUUUGUGACAACAAAGAUGGCCCUCAGCAACCCCAGGCAUACACCCUACGUCCUUAGCAGCCUCAGUGGAAAGAGAACUCUCUCCUGAAAGCCCCAGUUUGAAAACAGUUUCUUCUCUGAAUAAGUGUGAAAUGGUGACGGAAGAUCCUUUGAGACACAUUUAGGAUCCUUCUCACUACAGUGUUCCAGGCAGCCACUACCGAUCGAUUGGAGUUAGCCUGUGAGGGGCCUGGAGAGGCGUGGCUGGACCAAGACCUCCCCCGAUGUGAGCAGGUGUCUUCCCCGCACCACCCAUUGCCACCACGCCAGGGAACGUCCUCAAGCCCUGGCCCUCAGGGGAGAGGUAACAGGAGCCCGGAGCCGAGACCAUGUGACGGCGCUGGCCCUCGCCACCGCCGUCCCCCCCACCCUGGCCCCAGGCCCGGCACCAUGAUGUUCCGAGACCAGGUGGGCAUCCUCGCUGGCUGGUUCAAGGGCUGGAAUGAGUGUGAACAAACAGUGGCCCUCCUGUCACUUCUGAAGCGGGUCACCCGUACCCAGGCCCGCUUCCUGCAGCUCUGCCUGGAGCACUCACUGGCGGACUGCAAUGACAUUCACCUGCUGGAGUCAGAGGCCAACAGUGCUGCCAUCGUCAGCCAGUGGCAGCAGGAGUCCAAAGAGAAGGUGGUGUCCCUCCUGCUGUCCCACCUACCCCUGCUUCAGCCGGGCAACACGGAGGCCAAGUCGGAGUACAUGAGGCUGCUGCAGAAAGUGCUGGCCUACUCGAUUGAGAGCAAUGCCUUCAUUGAGGAGAGCCGCCAGCUGCUCUCUUAUGCCCUCAUCCACCCGGCCACCACGCUGGAGGACCGCAAUGCGCUGGCCCUCUGGCUGAGCCACUUGGAAGAGCGGCUAGCUAGCGGCUUCCGCACCCGGCCUGAGCCCACCUACCACUCGCGUCAGGGCUCAGAUGAGUGGGGUGGUCCUGCAGAGCUGGGCCCUGGGGAGGCAGGGCCAGGCUGGCAAGACAAGCCACCCCGGGAAAAUGGACACGUGCCCUUCCACCCACCCAGCUCAGUGCCGCCAGCCAUCAACAGUAUUGGGAGCAACGCAAACACAGGUCUCCCCUGCCAAAUCCACCCCAGUCCGCUGAAGCGCUCCAUGUCGCUCAUCCCCACGAGCCCCCAGGCCCCUGGUGAGUGGCCGAGUCCAGAGGAGCUUGGGGCCCGGGCUGCUUUCGCCACGCCCGACCACGCACCCCUCUCGCCCCAGAGCAGCGUGGCCUCCUCUGGCAGCGAGCAGACGGAGGAGCAGGGCUCCAGCCGGAACACUUUCCAGGAGGACGGCAGUGGCAUGAAAGAUGUGCCCUCAUGGCUCAAGAGCCUCCGCUUGCACAAGUACGCAGCCCUCUUCUCACAGAUGAGCUAUGAGGAGAUGAUGACACUGACUGAGCAGCACUUGGAGUCUCAGAAUGUCACCAAAGGUGCCCGCCACAAGAUAGCCCUGAGCAUCCAGAAGCUGCGCGAGAGGCAGAGUGUCCUCAAAUCCCUGGAGAAGGAUGUGCUGGAAGGCGGGAAUCUGCGAAACGCUCUGCAGGAGCUUCAGCAGAUCAUCAUCACCCCCAUCAAGGCCUACAGUGUCCUCCAGGCCACUGUGGCCGCUGCCACCGCCACCACCUCUACUGCCAAGGAUGGGGGCCGGGGAGAGCCACCACUUCCAGGUGCUGAGCCUCCCCUGGCUCACCCUGGCACAGACAAGGGCAGUGAGGCCAAGGACCCUCCAGCUGCAGAGAGCUACCCCCCUCCACCAGCUCCAGCUCCCACUGAUGGCAGUGAGCCAGUCCCAGCUCCCGUCGCUGACGGAGACAUCCCCAGCCAGUUUACACGGGUGAUGGGCAAAGUGUGCACCCAGCUGCUGGUGUCCCGACCAGACGAGGAGAACAUCACCAGUUACCUCCAGCUCAUCGAAAAGUGCCUGACUCAUGAGGCUUUCACGGAGACGCAGAAGAAACGGCUGCUGUCCUGGAAACAGCAAGUGCUGAAGCUCCUUCGGACCUUCCCGCGCAAAGCUGCACUAGAGAUGCAGAACUACCGGCAGCAGAAAGGCUGGGCGUUCGGCUCCAACUCACUCCCCAUAGCUGGCUCUGUGGGGAUGGGGGUGGCCCGGCGGACCCAGCGGCAGUUCCCAAUGCCUCCCAGGGCCCUUCCGCCUGGCAGGAUGGGCCUUCUGAGCCCCUCCGGCAUUGGGGGCAUCUCCCCUCGACAUGCCCUCACCAGCCCCAGCCUCGGAGGCCAGGGCCGACAGAACCUGUGGUUCGCCAACCCUGGAGGCAGCAACAGCAUGCCCAGCCAGAGCCGCAGCUCUGUGCAGCGCACACACUCGCUCCCGGUCCACUCAUCGCCCCAGGCCAUUCUCAUGUUCCCUCCAGAUUGCCCGGUCCCUGGGCCUGACCUGGAGAUCAAUCCCACUCUGGAGUCUCUGUGUCUGAGCAUGACAGAACACGCCUUGGGUGAUGGGACAGACAAAACCUCCACCAUCUGACGGGACCCACAGCCCAGCGCACCCAUAGGCUCCCCGGGCGGCGGGGGGGGGCCAACCCCCAACGGGCUUCUCCGCGACAGCGAGAGGGUGGGCUGGCUCAGCUAUACAUUCUAAUAUUUUUCUACUCUCUCACCCUUUUAACUUUUGUUUAACAUUGGCACAUGCCUUGCUCACUCCCAGGCCCGUCGAGGGAUCUCUGCUGAGGCCCAGGGAGGUAGGGGGCAGCCAGGAUAAAGAGGGCAGGGACUGGCCAGCCUGCCUGCCCACCUUCCUUCCUUCAUCCCCCACCUGGCCCCGUCCCACCCCUGCCUCCUCCAGACUGCUGGCCACCUGCCCCUCCCAAGGAAACAGUCUCCCCCAGAGACUCAUUGACCCACUGUCUUGUGGGGCCUGCUCAGAACCAUCUGACAUUUGGGGAGAGAUGAGUGGGGUAGAUAAUCUCCUGAAUGUUAUUUGAGAGGAGCUGAGGAGAUAAAGGCGGGUGAGGAGAGGAACGUGUCUGUCUUUCCUCUCUCUCUCUUUCUCUCUCUCCCCUCCUCCCUCUCUUUCCCUCUCUCCCCCCGCCCUUCUCUCCCUGGCUCCCAUACCUCCUUACCCCUUUCUUCUCCUUCCCCAUUCCCAUCAUUCCCCUUCCCCAAGGACAGGAGCCACCCUCCUCUCACUCACCUCCUUUUGCCCUGUUUAUCAGAGGUUCUCUGCAAUUAAUUUCUUAGGCCUAUUUAAGAUACAUAUUUAUAUAGUUCUUAACGGUUUUUCUCUCUGAUCAUUCCCUCUCAUUUUUAGAAUCCCCAGGCCUCUCUCUGAGCCAAGUGGCAGGGGGAGCCUGAAUUUUACGAGGGGAGAGGGCAGAGCCCCCUCCUCCAGACCCCCUAGCCCUUCCCCACUUCCCCCCAGCCCUGGUUCCCCAGAUGCAGAGGUUGAAGGCCGGGAGCCAGGGCAGCCAGUGAGGUCAGGAAGUCUGUUGCCUUAAUGUCUCCUUCCCCCACCAACACAAAUCCUUCUCCACUCCCAGGUCUGGUUGCUGAAAGACUUGGGGGUAAGGAAUAAGGGAAAGGGGAUGGUUUUUGGUUUCUUUCCCUACCCCAUCCCCUUUUUUUUCACCCUUACCCCACCCCCACCCCCAUUCUGUCAUGACCUCACUUAAGUGGAACACUAUAUCAUAACCCAGAGAUUCGUCCCAGCCCCAGACAUACAGACCCUCUGGUCCCUGUUCCUACUGAGGGAUUGUGUUGGGGCUUAGGUGGAGGGGAGGGGGUUUUGGGGGUUCAGGCUGUGGGGAAGCCAGGGUCCCCUAUUCCAACCCCCUGUCCCCCUCAACUCACUCCCCCUCACUGGGACAUUCUCAAGCUUUUCACACCGAAAAGGAAAAAAUGUUAUUUUUAGAUACAUUUUAUGAAUAACUUUUGUUAUGAAUAUGGCUGGUAACCAUUGUGUAUGUUAUUAAAGAUACAAAAUGUUGGGAAAAAACAAAAAACCAAAAAAAAAAAAUUUUAAAACCACCGCCCUCCCUGCACUCACCCAUUCCCCAGAUCUUCUUCCCUCUGCCCUCCUGGUCUGGACCUCCCUCAACUCUGAGCCCAGGGAGGGGGAGGAAGCCAGGGGGUGGGGUGGCCCUGGGGACCUGUUCUAGGUCCCCACCUCCUCUCCCAGUGCCGGGCUGGGUGGGGUGUCAGGUUUAUUUAUGUACCUCUUGCACACUCAUCAACCUAUGCAAGUCCCCCACCCCGGCCCCUCCAUGUUUCUGUGCCUUUGCUCAUUCCCCUCCAACUCCCAGGGCUUCUCCAAUCCUCCUCCUAGCCCGGGGAAGUGGGAUGGACAGGGGCCACCUCGUUUUGGAAUCAGCAGGGUGUCCCUCUUAGAGACCCUCACCUCCUCCCAGCCAGUCCUGUCUUGUUCACUACCCAUCAGGGUGAGCUGGGUCUGCCUGGCACUGGGAGGUGGUGAGGGACACCCCCACACAUAGUGGGAGGCAAGAGCUGCCCCCCCUCCCCCACCUGUCAGCAGAGUGUGCAGGACGCAGGCGGCCCCACUCUGAUAGGCAGGACCCUGACCCACUCCCACCCCUCCCCAGCCCCUGCUCCUCCACCAUGAUUUCACCCUCCCUUCUAUUCCCAGCCCCACUGGCAGAAUCAGCUUUGAGUAACUGUACAGUUUUUCUCGCUGUUGGAGAAGACUUAUUUGUUGGAGUUUCACUUGUUUAAUGGUCUGGGCUUAUUUUGGAAAAAAAAAAAAAAAAAAAAAACCACCAAAAAGGAUUCUGACCUUUGUUAUGCUACAUUUUAUGAAAAACCUAGUGACCCUGCCUU